AUGAGUUUGGAAAACUCUUCCCCAAGUACCAACAUCAGAACGGUUGAAGCCAAUCAUCAAUCAAUUGUCCACAUCGGCAACAACAACAACUACAACUAUAUCAACCUUUUCGUGCCGGGUAUUGUCCUGUCUACCUUGCCCAAUGCUUCGGAGGUAGCCUUUGACUCGCACCACAAUCAGUAUGAAGCGAACUGUCUUCAAGAUACCCGAGCAGAGCUCCUCCGAGACAUAAAAGCAUGGGUUGAAGGCCCAGAUGAGAGCUGUGUCUUUUGGUUACCAGGAAUGGCGGGAACCGGAAAAUCUACUAUCGCUCGCACUAUUGCCAAGACCUACUAUGGCCGGGAUCAGCUAGGAGGGAGCUUUUUCUUCUCGAAAGGUGGCGGUGAUAUUAGCAAGGCCGACAAAUUGGUCACUACUCUUGCUCAGCAACUAGCCUCCGCAAUUCCGUUGACAGAACCCUAUAUAUAUGAAGGCAUCAAGAAGCUGGGAAACGUCAUGAAGCAUUCCCUACAUCGCCAGUGGGAGGCGUUAGUAAUCGGUCCACUUUCUAAGCUCAAUUCUUCUCCCUCCAUGUUGUCUUCCUCCACGGUAUCCCCUUCCACGGUCCUGUUUGUCAUUGAUGCAUUGGAUGAGUGUGGUGAUGAGAAUGAUAUCCGAGUCAUUCCUCAGAUCUUGACUACAUACUUGUCACUCAGCAACAUCAGAUUGCGGAUCUUCAUUACAAGCAGACCUGAAACUCCUAUCCGUUCCAACGUCCAUAGGAUAAGAGAAGCAGGACACAAGGUGGUUGCCCUCCAUGAUAUCCCGUCUGACUUGGUCGACCGAGAUAUUCGCAUUUUCUUUGAAAAGGAGCUCUCUACUAUUCGGGAGGAACGUGGCUUUGACCAUGACUGGCCCGGCGAGGUAGUCACCAGGCGCUUAGUUGAGAAUUCGUUUGGUCUCUUUAUUUGGGCAUCGACUGCAUGCCGUUUCAUUCGCGAAGGCAAUCGAUUUGUGACGAAGCGAAUCAAUAAACUAAUCAACGUCAAUCGCCUUAACAAUGGGCCGGGAAAGCAUUUAGACAAGAUCUACACAACUGUGCUCCAAGACUCUAUUCCGCAGAACAGCGAUGGAGAAGGGGAACGCGACGAAGAGGAAGAGGAAGGGUUCUAUUUGAUACUAAGACAGGUUCUUGGAAGUGUCCUCAUUCUAUGUUCCCCACUCUCCAUGGAAUCACUAUCUAAGCUGCUUGUUCAGCCUUUGGGUAAUAUCAAGGAUACGCUAGCCGAUUUGCAUCCCAUUGUCAACAUCCCCGAUCUGAUAUCCGAUACUAUUCGCUUACAUCAUCCUACGUUUCGUGACUUCCUCCUUGAUCGGAAUCGAUGUACCGAUGCCAACUUUUGGGUAGAUACAAAGGAAGUGCAUAAGACCUUGGCCAAACAAUGCAUGUAUCUUAUGUCGAGAAUGCUCAAGAGCAACAUAUGCGGCCUCAAAUCACCAGAUACGCUAGUCAAGGAUGUUGAUCGUGAUCUAAUCAACCAAUGUAUCCCCCCUGAGCUCCAAUAUGCAUGCCUUUACUGGGUUCAACAUUGCAACAAAGGCGGGAUGCACCUCUGCGAUGGGGAUUCGUUUCAUGUUUUCUUCCGAGUGCACUUUCUUCAUUGGCUCGAGGCUAUCAAUCUGAUAGGAAAGAGUGAUGAGAUGGGCUCAAUCAUACGAUUGUACCAUUCUAUUCUUGUGCCGGCCGAUAAUUUGCAUCAAACGUCUUUUGUUAAAGACGCAAGGCGAUACAUGUUCGCGUUUCACAACGUCAUCAAAAAAGCACCCCUCCAGGCGUACAUGGCUCUUAUGUUUAUCCCACCUACCAACGGACUCAAGUACCACUUUCAGUAUCCAAUGCUACCCUGGAUCCAACACACUAAAAUUGCUGAACCAAAUGUUCCCAAGGCAAAGGACGAGUUUAACUAUGUCAGUGACCUAGCAUUCACACACGAUAGCACAAGGAUCGCCUCUGGGUCAAACUUUGAGGCAGUCAGGCUCUGGAACAUAGCGAUGAGAGCGAAGCUUUGGAAAUACGAAGGGGCAAUGGAUAAGGUCAGUUCCGUUGCCAUCUCGCCAGACGGGAUGACCCUCGCCGCGGGAUCGGAUGAUUGGACAGUCAUGGCCUGGGAGAUUGGAACGAGACGCUUGCUUUAUUCUCUUAAAGCUCAUUCCGGUUGGGUAAACUCCGUUGUAUUCUCUCCGGAUAGCAAGCUACUCGCGUCAGGCUCUAUGGACGCAACGGUAGCACUCUGGAACGCGGAGACUGGGCAAUUGGUCAAACGAAUCCACAAUCAGUUGAGCUGUGUCAAUUCCGCUGCCUUUUCUCCUGAUGGUUCCUUGAUUGCGACUGGGUCUCUCGACAACGCGGUAAGGCUCUGGGAUAUCUUUUCCAAGGCGGAAGAGCCACGCAUGAUACUCGACGGUCAUUCGGGUUGUAUCAAUUGCGUCCGUUUCUCGGGAGACGGAAGGCGGAUUGUCACUGGAUCGGAUGAUAUGAUAAUUAAGAUUUGGGAUGCAGUCACCGGAGCAGAGUGUGGAACAUUAAGGGGACAUACAAAAAAGGUCAUGGCAGUUGCAUUCUCCGUGGAUGCUUGUCUCAUUGCGUCUGGUUCCGAAGAUAAGACUGUCCGGAUUUGGGAUGCGAAUGACAGCAACACAAUACAAGUCCUCCGAGUUCAUACAAGUGGGAUAAACUCAGUUCUAUUCUCACCGAACAAUAAGGUUUUAGCAUCAAGCUCCUUCGACGACAAAGUCCAUCUCUGGGAUACAGUAACAUGGGCACCACUCGGGGAACUAGAAGACUUUGAAGAGGACCUCAACUCUGGGGCGUUGGCGACUCAGUGGCCCAAUGUUCCAGCCUGGGGCGAGAGUUUGCAAAGUCCUAGGAAGUUUGAAGGACAUUCUCAAAAGGUUACUUGCGUCCUCUUUUCCUCAGAUAGCGAAUGGCUCGCUUCCGGCUCGGAAGAUGCGACCAUCAAGCUAUGGCAGAAGGGGGAGGGAUAUCGGCAACUCGAGGGCCAUUCUGAUGGUAUCAAACACCUCAUAUUCUCCCCAGACAGCCGUCUCCUUGCGUCAGCAUCAAGUGAUAAGACUGUGAGAUUAUGGGAAACCAGAACAGGAAUGGCAUCUCAUACUCUCGAAGGUCAUUCAACUGGUGUCACCCUGAUCCUCUUCUCAUCAAACGGCCGGCUACUUGCGUCAUGUUCCAAUACCACGACUAGACUGUGGAACCCAAAAGCUGGAAUUGAAUUAAGAAGCCUGGAGGGUCAUUCAGCGGCAGUAAACGGUCUCGCCUUCUCGCCAGACAAUGGCUUUAUUGCUUCGUGCUCAAUGGAUACAACAAUCCUUCUCUGGGAUCUAGACGUCAAUUCAGAACCUUUGGCAUUCAGAGGGCAUUCCGGUCCAGUGGAGUCAAUUGCGUUUUCGUCAGAUGGAGCACUACUUGUGUCUUGCUCGGAGGAUACCACGAUUAGGCUUUGGAAAAUGUCUGGAGCAACGUGCAUCAUAAUCGACGGUAACACACUCCCGAUCAGCAGAGUCGCGUUUUCACCAGAUAGCCAAUUGGUGGUUUCUUGCACUAUCGAUGGGACGAUCAGUCUCUAG